AUGAACGGGACAGGGCAGGGGCUGUACGACCGCAGUGAAACCUUACCGGCCGGGGCUCGCCCGCUGAUCAGCGCCUUCAUGUUCUCCGCCGGACUCUUGGGCAACCUCUUGGCCCUGGGCUUGCUGCUGCGUUGUCGCCGUGGUCCGCGAGCUCGCCCACCUUCCCUUUUCCACGUCCUGGUGCUGGCUCUGGUGGUCACCGAUCUUCUGGGCACCUGCUCUGUCAGCCCUUUCGUCCUGGCUUCCUACCACCAUAACCGUACCUUGACUGCCCUGGCGCACGGAGGACACAUCUGCCUCUACUUUGGCUUUGCCAUGAGCUUCUUUGGCCUCGCCACCAUGCUCAUCCUCUUCGCCAUGGCGCUGGAGCGAUGUCUGGCCCUGGGGUGGCCUUACUUCUACGAGCGCUUCCUCAGCCCCCGCACGGGCUUGGUUGCCCUGCCUGCCAUCUACACCUUCUCAGCAGCCUUCUGCUCCUUGCCGCUGGUGGGCUUCGGGAGGUAUGUGCAGUAUUGCCCUGGCACUUGGUGCUUCAUCCAGAUGCGCCCGGACUACCUCCAGCAAAACGGCACCAGGGAGAUGUCCGGAUUGGACGUCACCUUCUCACUUCUCUAUGCCACCUUGCUGCUCUUCCUCAUCCUCUCCGUGCUGCUCUGCAACCUUAGCGUGAUUGCCAACCUGGCCCGCAUGCACCGUCGUGGGCAGAGGACUCGCCGGCUGGCUGUGACCGAGCAGCCCCGGGUGGCUGGGGGCUGUGGCCGCCGCAUGUUCUCCAUGGCCGAGGAGAUUGACCACCUUCUUCUCCUCUCCAUCAUGACCAUCACCUUUGUCAUCUGCUCCCUGCCAUUUACGAUCCGUGCCUACAUGAACAAGUUCAGCAAAGAGAACAACGACGCCUGGGACCUCCUAGCCCUGAGAUUUCUCUCUAUUAACUCCAUCAUUGACCCAUGGGUCUUUGCCAUCCUGAGGCCACCAGUCCUGAGGUUCAUGCGCUCAGUGCUGUGCUGCCAGGUGACCCCCAUGAGCCAGGACAGACGGACUUCAUCCCCUGCAAAGACAAAACUGUCCGUUCAGCUGGACUCCUGCAGGCAGUAG